UCUCUCUCUUCCUCAUCAUAGGACGCACACGAGUUACUUGUGAACAUGCUGUGCCAGCUGAAGGAGGAGGGCAUGAUACUGAAGACACUCGGGGUGAACUAUUCCUGCCCUGUUUCUCAGCUGGAGUUCCAGCUUGUGUCGGUGCGCACAUGUACCAGCUGUGGGUGCGAGUCGUCCACCAGAGAGGACUACAACCACCUCUCAUUGGACUUCAGCCCUGAGCGCACCUUGCUGAGCAGCCUAGCACUCACUUUCAAAGGUGAACAGGUUGAAUUCACAUGUGAGGGUUGUAAAGGCCUCCACGCCUUAAAGGUGGAGCAGUUCCACACACUGCCUCUUGUGCUGGUUCUGCAUCUGAAGAGGUUUGGAGGACCUGGGGGGUUGGAGAAGCUGGAGGCUCCUCUUUUGUUUCCUUCGGAGCUGAGGCUCUCCACCCUCUGUGGGGACAUGGUGCCACACCUGCACAGUGCCAGCCCACAGGCCCUCACCAACCAGGCCCCCAGCAUCCAGGGGUCCAUCCCCCAGACCCUCGUCAGUCAAGUCUCCAGCCCACCUGGAGAGGCCAAAUACAGCGCCCUCUGCUGUUCAGAUUCAAAUGACCAGGAACCAGGAAAAGUGCUGCAGACAGCCUCAGUGGUGAGAAGAGAGAGAGAGAUAGAGAGUGAAACCAGUGAAAAAUAAGUUAUGACAGAACACUGAGAUAGUUAUGAGGAAUACACAAUGUAGUAGACCUCCUGUAGUAGACUAGUACUGUAGUAGACUGUAGACAUUAUGGUGGACUGMAGAGGAAAUGAGAAUCCUACG